AUGGUGCGGAUCUCCAUCGAUGGCAAGUUGUUCACCGUCGAUAACACAGUAGCGAAAUCCUGGCUCCCCAAUGCGAACUCUUGGAGCCACAUCCGUGGAGAUGAUAUUGUAGACGCCGUCGAGAAUAGUCUAUCUGCAUGCAGCCAAACCAGCAUCGCCCCCAGUACCGUUCGGAAAGUCAUUAGGGAUUUGUUCCAGACCCUCAGCCGUCACCACCAUCGCAAUGCAGCGAAUUUUACCACAGAAACACUCCAAUCACUCCUGCACGAAGAUAAAUACGGCAAUCAGCUCUCAGGUCUAAAAGCCAGUCGGUCGCACUUCCUCAUCCUCGCCGCUCUCGCUCGCUGCACGCACUCUAUCCCACUCGCAAUCGCCAUUGCCUCAUUCCUCUCCAACAACAUCCACGAUGUAGUGCAAUACGAGUCGCACUAUUAUCUCCGCGAAUGGAACCAGGCACUCCACGAGCUCCAUGGUGUCUUCCCUGACCCCCACAUGCUCCAGCAACUCAUCGCCCAACUGACAGGCUGCGGCCGCUCGAGCUGGAGCCCGCACAAAUGGUCCGCCGCUGGAUUUGGGCCGGCCUUUGUCGGCGCCUGGGUACAGGUGCCCGCGGAUCCCGAGCCCGGACUGGCGAUUAAAUAG